GAAUCGGAAGCAUGGCGCCGCGAAAGAAGAGAGCGCUCACAUGUGAGGAAAUCCUCGAGCUGGUGUUCGAGAGUGAUGAUGAAAGUGACUGUGGCGACGAUCUAGAAGAUGUAUCGGACCAAGAAAGUAGCGACGACGAGAGUGACGGUGAGAGCGGCAGUGACUGUGAAGGCGACGUGUGUGUAUCACAAGACACCUCUAUUUCCUCCCCACCACCGUCAAAGAAGCCUAGACGUGAAGAUUGGCAGUGGGAGGAAGAAGACAGUUCAGAGAACGUCGUCAAACUGUCCUUUAGUGGAAACCCAGGUGUCAAGCGAGCUAUCCGACUGAAAGUGGGUGAAAGCCCCAGUCCUUUGGGCAUCUUCAACGCUCUCCUCGAAGACGAUUUUUGGGACAUGAUUGCAAGGCACACCAACGCUUAUGCAAAGGAAAAGCAGUCUUCCAAGCCGGACCCUACAUGGCAUGACACGACACCGGCGGAGAUGAAAGCCUACUUUGCGCUCUGUGUGCUAAUGAGCCAAGUAAAGAAGAGCAGUAUCCAGGCAUAUUGGUCAAAGAGAAGUGUCAUCAGCACACCAUUUUUCGGGACGGUGAUGCCCAGGCAACGUUUCUGGGCACUCUCCCGAUAUCUACAUCUUUCCGACAACAACCUUCCAGCAAGUGAUGACAAGCUGAGGAAGCUACGGCCUGUACUGGACUACAUCAUCAAGUCCAUUGGCAGUGCCUACUCUCCAGAAGAAGGUCUCACUGUCGAUGAAAGUUUGAUGAAAUUUCGUGGUUGGCUCUCAUACGUCCAGUUCAACCCCUCAAAACGAGCACGGUUUGGGGUGAAAUUCUACAAGCUAUGUGAAUCUGGCAGUGGCUACUGUCUGAAGUUCUCUGUCUACACAGGAAAAAGUGAGCAAACCCCUGCUACCAUCGGAAUGUUGUGCAGUGAGGCCGUCGUCAUCAACCUUGUCGGCGAUCGUCUCGCAGACGGCCACACAGUCUAUAUGGAUAAUUGGUACUCCUCACCACACUCCUGUUCCUUCACAUACACCAAGCUGGAUCAAACGCGGUGGGUACUGUUAGGGUGCACCGCAAGAACAUGCCCAAGGAGGUAAAAAAUAUCAAGCUGAAAAAAGGCGAGUGCAAGACCUUCUUCUCGCACGGCGUGAUGGCCCUGACAUGGCAGGACAAGAAGCCUGUCAACCUGCUCUCAACGUGUCACACCACUGCCAAUGUGACUGACACUGGCAAGAAACAGCGCCAGAGUGACCUGCCUGUUUUGAAGCCCCAGGUUGUCCAGGACUACAACCGAGGAAUGGGAGGUGUGGAUCGGGAAGACCAACAGUUGGCUUCCUUUCCUAUAAUGCGAAGGUACGCAAAGGGCUACAAGAAGAUAUUUUUUUACAUCAUGGACAUCGCUGUUUAUAACAGCUACAUCCUCUCCGCCAAGAUUACAGGCAAGCGAAUGAGCUAUACGGACUGGAAAGUGGACCUGGCGGAACAACUGAUCGAAGAGGCCGUGUUGCCGGGAUACCGGCGACGAGGCAAACCGCCCGUUGGUCCCUCACCGAUGCGGCUAGAGGCCUGCGAGUGGGCUCACUUCCCUCGCCAGAUCCCGCCGAAUGCGAUCAAGCAGAAUCCAUCCAGACAAUGUCAUAUAUGUAAGGCCCAGGGGAAGAAGAGCGAGAGCCGCUGGGAGUGCGAGAAAUGUGAAGUGGCACUUCACAUGCCCGUCUGCUUCAAGACCUUCCACACCCGCAAGGUACUCUGAGUGAAUCGCUUCCGGAAAUCAUUCCCGAACAAAAUAAAGUAAAAAGUGUUCACCCGCGAGUUAUAUGGCAGAAGUUACAGAGCUUUCUUUGCGACGCCGCACACGGCAGUCCGCUUGGGGGAAAAUUGCGCGGUACAGCUCGCGGGAACGGGUGUGGAUGCCGCGGAAGCGAAAG